AUGUUUGCUUUCAAGAAGAUUCCGCGUAAGGGAUCUCAGAAUCUUCACGAUGACACUGACGCAACUAGUAAUCAGAAUAAGCAAAAGCUUUUUGUCACCAUGUUUAAAUCCAAACGAGCUCAGAUAAUUGUAUACUUGUCAAGUAGACGUUUAUGUUCUUGCUUCAUUUUACUUGGUUGUGAUACACACCUCGCAGUUUUUGGUAAAGCGAGAUUUACUCACUUAUGUGGACCAAUGAUCACUAUAUGGGGAGGAAAUAUAGGACCAAAUCCUUCCAGUUCAUUUGAUCUUUAUUCACCCACUUCACACACUCCAUUAUCUAUUACUCAAUGUCCACACGACAAAUCAGAAUGUGUACAUAAAGAUGCAGCUCAGGGACUUCAAUCUUCCGAAAUCAAAGUUGCUCUAGAGAGUUUGUGUGAUCCAAGUGAUGUUCAAAUUUUGACGGAACGUCUUGACAAAGAAAUGAGUGUCUUUCGGGACCAUGUGACCGUUUUACAUUUCAGUCCUCAUCAGAGUCGAGUCUUGGACUCACUUUCUGAGAUUAAGCGGUUUCGUUUUUUAUUUCAUUUGCCAUCAGAAGGCACUGUACCAAAUGCCUCUUUAGCUAAGUUACUUGGAUUUACUUUUCUCGAGCAUGAUGGAAGCCUUGGAUAUCAGGUUGCACCAGAAGUUUCAAAUAUUUCACUGAGACUCAGCUCCAUCCCUGUGGUUGGUCCUCGUGAUGGUUAUGUAAGAAAAUUGUUAAUUUGUGGUCCGAAGGGUGUUGGGAAGUCAUCUCUACUGCGUUUUUUAUCAAACAUUAUCCUAACAGAUGUGGAAUAUCGUCUUAAAGAAAAGUGUGUUGCAGUUCUUGAUUGUGAUAUUGGGCAACCUGAAUUUACUCCGAAUGGAAUUAUAAGUUUGUGUCUAGUCAAACUGCCAUUGUUUGGUCCUCCGUAUACCCAUACUUUAUCCACUAAUGUAAAUAUUCUUCGUCAGUGUUUUGUCGGUUGCAUUACACCCUCUGAUGAUCCCAGUUUCUACUUGAAGUGCCUCAACUUUGUAUAUGAUGCCUACGUUAAUUUACCUGAACCAAAGCCGCGUUUACUAGUCAAUACAAUGGGCUGGAUGCAAGGGCUUGGAUUAACAUUGCUGUUAGAACAAAUAUUGUUAGUUAAACCAGACCUGAUCGUUCAGCUUCGUCCAACGGGAUCUUCAAAUAAUCGCACAAACUCUCCAGAUCUAAAUAGCAGUUCACUAAAAACUAUGGACACCUGGAAUUCACGGGACAUUUCCAACGAAACGUUUAAUCAUGAUGUGAUUCUUAUAGAAUCUAAUGUCAAAUUAUACAAGGAUAAUACAAUAGAUGACCCACGAUACAAUCUUGGCCCCCCUGAUCAUCGCGAUUUAAUGAUGCUGACUUAUUUUAUGUCCACUUUGGCUUGUGCAUAUACUAGCUUACCUUCUAGACUAAAAGAUGAACCUCUUGGACAUCCAGUAGCACAUUUGCUGGAUUGUAUCCCUUACCAAGUUCCAGUUACUGUUCUAUCUAAACAACAAGAUACAUGUGAAAACGUAAAUGAACAAAAAAAUGUAAUACCCAGUAGCUGUGUUGCUAUGUCUGAUGUUCAGCACGAUAUAUUGAAAAUUGAUUCAUUAUAUACUAAUAAGAAUGAUUCAAAUCAUUUGGCCUUUCGGAUAAUGCGCCCAGAUUCUAAUCUAUUUGUGGAAAAUUCUGCUUUUCCAUCAAGUGUCGAUAAUUUAUUAGCUUGUUUAAAUGCUACCCUAGUUGCCCUUUGCGUUGUACCACAACAUAAUAUAACCGAACCAGAUUCUACUUGCAUGUAUCGUUGGAUAUCAUCUAAUCCAGUUUGUGAGUGUGUAGGUCUAGCCAUUUGUCGCGCUGUUGAUCCUACCGCUGGUGUAAUUUAUUUAACGACUGGUGUUUCGGAGGAUGAUUUGUUAAAAGUGACAGGAAUUCUACGUGGUAAUGUCAACUUACCAAAUUGUUUUUUCCUAGAUCAGCCUUUCUUUCGGACUCAAGUUUAUGAAGAAACCCCAUCCUUCCUCCCCUACUUGGGUCCAGUCAGUACACAGGGAAAAGGACGUGCAGGUUUACCAUCCAGGCGUUCUUACCCUAAAACGAUGCAUCACGUCACCCAUCGCAUGGGCACUUCAGAUAUCAUGGACUAA